UAUGCAUCUUGUGAGUAUGUUUGCUUUUGUGCCCAGUGUAUCUGGGUUAAUGGUGUAUUUGCUGUUAGAUAGCAAUACUAUGCAACAGAGUUUCAGGAGCAGUGCCCUCUGUGUGUGUGUGUACUGUGUGUACUGUGUGUGAGAACCUAGUGCUAUAGUGCCAGAUGUAGUGAAAGAAAGGUUAAGGUUAAUACUGGCUUUUUAAUCCUGCCGAGUUCUUGAUGGAACCCUAUUCCCUAUUUACUGAAGUGCACUACCAGGGCCAGGGCUGGUCAAAGGUAGUGCACUAUAUAGGGAAUAGUAUGCCGUUUGGGACACAGUUGUAGUAAACAUGACGGACUCACCUGUGUUCUCUAACAGGCAGUCAGGCUGUCAGUAGUUCUAUUCAAGGUCUACUAGUUUGUGUUCAUGUUCUACUAAUUCUAGUCAAUGCAGAUCAACACGGUGAAGUGUGAGGUAAACUAGCUGCAGGGGGGUUCACUGCCCUCAUUUAUUUUAGUACUUCAUAUUUUGGAGCUAGUCCCGCCUCAUCUCCUCUUACUUUCCAAAAAUACCCCUGGGGCUGAAAGGGGGCACCAAUGCUGUGGUCAGAAAUUGAGGGACCCACCACCACUACUACCGAGCUUCACCACCACCCCUCUGACCAGCAACACAAAGUCCCAUAGGAGGAACCCGGAAGUGAAGCAGGAAGUAAGCGGCAGUGGUAGCAGAAAGCAUGCUGGGAUGUGGGGGCGGGGCCAAGCUGCGCCACAGUUUGACGGUGGCCUCGGGAUUCGUUGAAAACCUGUGUUUCUCGGGGAUAGCGUACAGCUGGGCGUCGCUGGUGUUCAUCCUUAAGAACGACGGCUACUUCAGUGACCUCUGUGACAUCACUGCCAAUGCCACCGACCCCGGUGACAUUAUCACGUUGUCAGGGGAGUGGCCCGGUGAUAACAUCAUACAGGCAGACUGUAGUGUCCAGGAUGAACAGUUCUCUCUGGUCUUCACCGUCGCCUCCUUCUCCACGAACUUCCUGCGUUUCCCUCUGGGCUUCCUGUUCGACUGCUUCGGCACCAUGGCGACCAGGCUCUGGCCACUUUUUGUAUGAAAGAGGGGUGUCUUUCCACUCCUCCUUCCUCGUUCUCUCCGUCUGCAGCGUCAUCCACGUCUUCCGGACGUUCUUCCUCAUGCCCAAGACCCACAUCCCCUACCCACUCCCCGACAGAUAUGCUUACGGGGUGAGCUGCGGUGGCCGGCGUUGGGAGAGAGGGGGAGAGAGGGGAGAAAAGGACGGAGGAGGAGGAGAGAGAAAAGGAGAUGUGAAUGCCAAAUAUCAGAAGAAUGCUGUGUUACAGAAGGUUGAGAGUGCCCCGCUGCAGUUGCAGGACAAAGCAGGACCUUCCAGACCCGAUCAGCCCGAGAGAGUUACCAGUUUUAGGAGUUGUGUCCUGUCCUGGUUCUUCCUGUGGCACCUGGUCUGGGUGGCUGUCAUGCAGUUCUGUCACUUCCUGUUCAUCGCCACGGUGAACCCUAUCUAUGUGAACGUGGGUCUGACCCUCCUCACCCUCCUCACCUUCAUCCACACCCUCCACGUCCACCUCCACUGCCGCUCUCUAGCCAGUCAGAGGAGGGCUACCGCCGAAGAGGAAGUGACAAACUCAGGGUCAAAGGUCACGUGCAACAGGCUGGUGGGGAUGUGACGACAACCAACAACAGUAGUGGUGCGUCUCAAUAGUCUAAAGUCGCUUCCUCUCCUUGUCUCCUGAUAAAAUUGGUGGAAAACAGGGUCUGUGUCCCAAAUAGUGCCCUAUCCCCUAGAUAAGGCACUACUUUUGAUGGGACCUGGUUAAAAGUAGUGCACUAUAUUAGGGAAUAGGGUGCAUUGGGGCACAGACAGGUGCCUCUGUAGGAUGCCUUCCCUUCGCCAUCUUGCUUUCACUUGUCUGUAGGUGAAGGAGAGAAGACGAGGAGAGAAAGCAUCUUUAGACUGUUGGGAUGCAUCCAGAACAAUUGACACUACAUCAUGGACAAUGCCACUGACUGUUCAAGGCAGGGCAAAGGAGGACAGUGACCAAAGUGAAGACCUACUGUAAUGUGUGUGUUAACCUGUCUGAUUGUAAUAAAGAAUACAACUAAACUGUGAAACAACAAAGUCCAAAGUAUAGUUUAGGUUUGAA